AUGGUUGGCUUGCUCCAAAACUUCCGUGCAAGCCUGUGGUCCUUCUUCGCCAUCCUGCGCCAGUACGGAUUGGGCGUCUUGUCUUGGAUGACCCCCGGCACUUUGCGACUGCGCGAGGAGGCAACUCCGCUGCGUGAUGGGGAGACCACCUUCGCAAAGGAAGAUGUUGACACGAUCAUCAACGAGACGAACGAGACGAACGAGCUAAGGGAGUACCAGGCGCCUGGCAACGAAAGCAAUGAGAAGACGUGGACUCCUUGGAACGACGAUAUCGAGGCCGGCACAGAGUUGCCGAAGCCUGCGGUGGAGGAAGAGGAGGACCGUCCAAACUCCGCGGAGGUGGCAGAAGGCGAGACGGGGCUACCCUGCCCAAUCGGAGGCUUGGAGGCGUUGUGGGACAACAAGACCGAGGCCCCAACCCCAGCGGCCGCCACGAAGCAGACCGCUUGGUGGGUGAAUUUGGGAAGCUGGGUGCGCAUGGACAACGAUACGCAGGAGAUGCUGCGCCAAGCGCGCGCCGAAGGAAAGACCUCCGUGGAGUUCCAGGCCCGUGGGCAGCCCUACCGAAUCGACUUCGAGAUGGGAAUGCAGAUCAACACGCGCACCAUGAUGUGUCGCGAGAUCAAGGAAACCGAGGAGGAUGAGGUCCCAGAAGAAGACGAGGAGGAAAGCGACGAGGACGAGGACGUCGACGAGGACGACCUGCUGAGCAAGCUGCGCGCAGGGGCACCGACGGAACUUCCCAAACGCGAAGAGCGCCUGGAGAACUUGGUGAACCUUCUGCUCAGUGAGGGCGUGCAGGUACCCCUUCCCGCGGAAGCGACGGAGGAGAAGGAGAAGCUUUCGCAGGAGGAGGUGAAGAAGGUCUUCAAGGACCAUGUGCCUGGAGUCCAGAAGUUCCUCUUCCGGGACCAGCCGGGACAGUAUUCCCUGAACUUCCUGGCAACGGCCUACUCUGGCGGUCUCCGGGCCUUCAGUGGUACGGCCAUGGAGAACCACUUGAAGUGGCUGAUGCGAACGAUUGUCCACUAUGGCCACGACAACAAGCCGGGGGCGGCCCGAUACCUCAAAGAGGUGGCGGAAGCCUUCCUCGACUGUCAGGCCGUGCAGGCGCGCGUUGUCGAGCGCACCGGCUUGGAGAUCCUGGGAGUGCGUCAAGAUUUCCGUGGCCUGGUGAAGGCCCUCAUCGGGGACUACAAGGUCAUGGCCAUCAAAAUGCUGGCGAUGGACCACCUUAGUCGCCACGUUGUCAGUGACGAUGGGAAUCCAACCCACUAUGAGAAUCGCCUGACCGCCGACCUCGGCAAAGUCCUAGGACUCAACGAGGACGACAUCCGGCGUGCGGACUUGGACGAGCACGCCAGAAACAGGUUCGGCAAGCUCCAGGGCAACAACCGCGACGAUGCUGCCAAGCGCUGUCGGCAGCUCUUCGAUGUAGAGGCCAUGAUCAAGACGUUCUGCAACGAGGUGAACAGUUUUAACGCUGAGACGUGCAAAGACUCCCUGCCUGGGCAGUUCAUGACAUGGGCUGACGAAAAUAUGACGCAGAAGCAUGCAAUUUUUGAUGAGGACACCUGCAGCAAAGUAGAGGUAACGGAGAUCCUGGCAACCGCUAUCUUCGAGGUUCUCUUCAACGGGAAGCCUGCUGCUCCUCAGGGCGAAACCUAUCGGGACACUCCUAUUUCCGAGCUCUUCAAAGUCCAGGAGGUUCCCCCGACUCCACCGCCACCGCCACCAAAGGCAAAGGCAAAGGCUCAUGCGAAAGGCGAGGGGAAAAGCUCCGGCCAGGCUCUUUCGAAAGGCGAUGGGAAAGGCAUCAGCCCAAAGGCGAAGAAGCAGCGGACAAAGCGGUGA